GUGGUGAAGACAAUGGAAGAGUUCCUGGAAGACUACAACCAGAUCAACACGGCCCAGAUGAAGCUGGUGCUCUUCAUGGACGCUGUGACACACGUGAGCCGCAUCGCUCGGAUCAUCCGACAGCCUCUGGGCAACGCCUUGCUCUUGGGCAUGGGAGGAAGUGGACGGCAGAGCUUGACCAGGCUGGCUGCUCACAUGUCUGAGUUUGACUGCUUCCAAAUUGAGCUUGCUAAGAACUACGGUAUGUCUGAGUGGAGAGAGGAUCUCAGGCAGGUCAUGAUGAAGGCUGGUCUGGAGAAUAAACCCAUGGUCUUCUUGUUCAGCGACACACAGCUUCACUGUUUGUGUCCCAGAAAUCCAAGAAUGUUUCUGAGAAUUCUAGAGUCUGCUUUUAAGUCUGAGUUUGACUGCUUCCAAAUUGAGCUUGCUAAGAACUACGGUAUGUCUGAGUGGAGAGAGGAUCUCAGGCAGGUCAUGAUGAAGGCUGGUCUGGAGAAUAAACCCAUGGUCUUCUUGUUCAGCGACACACAG